AUGUGGAGGCUUAAGAUUGCAGAUGGAGGCAAUGAUCCCUACAUCUUCAGCACCAACAACUUUGUGGGAAGACAGAUAUGGGAGUUUGAUCCUGAUUAUGGAACCCCAAAAGAGCGAGCUAAGGUCGAAGCAGCUCGUGAAAAUUUCUGGAAAAAUCAGUUUCGGGUUAAGCCCAGCAGUGAUCUUCUCUGGAAGGGAAUGGGAGGGGAGAAUUUGUGGAAUGACCCAUCUGACAUGUAUAUAGAUUUUGGAGUACUUGGCAAUAUAACAGGAUUUGAGGAAUAUGAAGAAACUAUUACAACACCACGUGAAGGCGAGGAUCCAAACAAUACUCCAAAUGAAAAGGAUAUGCAACCUUUUUGUUAUUCCUUAACAGAGCUCCCAGUUGAUUUUGAUAUUUGUCUUUACAAUUAUUGCCAGGAAGAUCUAUACUAUCCACAUCCACUGGUUCAGGAUAUUCUAUGGGCAUCUCUUCAUAAGGUGUUUGAGCCUAUUUUGGGGCAUUGGCCCGGAAACAAGUUGAGAGAGAAGGCCUUAUGCACUGUAAUGCAACAUGUACACUAUGAAGAUGAGAAUACACGGUAUAUAUGCAUAGGGCCUGUGAACAAGGUGUUAAAUAUGCUUUGCUGCUGGAUUGAAGAUCCAAACUCAGAGGCCUUUAAGUUGCAUAUCCCAAGAAUUUUUUAUUAUUUGUGGAUUGCUGAAGACGGCAUGAAAAUGCAGGGUUAUAAUGGAAGUCAAUUAUGGGAUACUUGUUUUGCUGUUCAAGCAAUUAUUUCAGCAAACCUAGGUGAAGAGUAUGGUCUGACUUUAAGGAAGGCACACCAAUUCAUAAAAAAUUCUCAGCUUCAUGUUGCUAUUGAAGUUUGA